ACAAAAUCAACUUUUGACAAACAUUGUCAAACAUCAUUUUGUUUCGGAGUAUCAAAAAAAAAACGAAUGCUACCUUUGAUGAAGCGAAAACAUUAAUUUUUGUAAUUUAUUUGAAAAAGUUGUUCAAACAAUUAUAGCCGUUUGCACCGACUUUUUCUUAUGCGAUCAAUAAGCUAUUGGUCUCUUAAAGGACCCUUGCAUCAUUGGUUGGUUUGCACCGGUAUUUAGAGGCACUUUAUGAAUCUCUUAAAGCGCGAUUUGUUAAGUAUGCAAUUUCGGUUACUUAAAGCUCCAUUAGCUGUGUGGUUUUCAAGAUUUAUAGGUUAUAAUAAAGUUGACAGUGUAUGAUGAAGACUUUGAAAUUGGGGAGUUUCUUGAAUUUGGCUUUCCCAGAAGGUUCAAUGAAAGGCCAAAUUAUUAUGAAGAGAUGGACGAUUUGAAUUUUUUGAGGAGGUUCAGAUUAACUAAGCCAACUGUCAUGCAUCUUUUACAAGAAAUUGAAGGUCAACUAAAGUAGAUCCACAUAAUAGAUAGACCUCAAGUAAACAAACGAUUCGCGCUAACACCACCGCCUCGUCGUACAACAGGUGGACAAAGCAGCCCUCAUUGGUCAAUUCGUAAUCGAUCGCCCAUGCUACGUCGCCGAGUAGUUGAAGCACAGCAGGGCCUUGUUUACGUGAAGUCUAUCUGUUAUGUGGAUCUACAAUAGAAUACCCUGAUAAUAGGUGAUUCCUUGUAGUCAAUACCUAAUACCCAUUCACUCACAGUUGGCACAUCUUACUAGUUCCUUGUUUGUUAAAGAGGCAUAGCUUAAUAAAGCCAAAUUGCCAAAGAAGGUUUUCAAACUAUAUCUGCGCCUUAUUUGUUUUAGAAAUAACAGUUUGUCUCCAAUGGACCAACUGUUGUUAGCAUUACGGUUCUAUGCAAGCAGUGGGCAUUUAGUCCAAGUAGCAGACUUUAUGAACGUGCAUGUAUCCAGCGCAAGUCGUAUUGUGGCCCAUGUUUCCAGGGUAAUUGCAGCUUUACGACCCCAAAAAGUUAAAAUGCCUAUACCAACAGAGCAUGUCCAGGCCCAAAAUGACUUCUACAACAUUGCUAGAUUUCCAAAGACUGUGGCUGCUAUUGAUUGUACUCAUGUGAAAAUUCAGUCACCUGGUGGACACAAUGCAGAAGUCUAUAGAAACAGAAAAUCAUUUUUUUCAAUCAAUGUGCAGUGUCUUACGGAUACCAACUUAAAGUUUUUGGAUGUUGUUGCUCGCUGGCCUGGAGCAACUCAUGACUCAACAAUUUUUGCUAACUCGACUAUCAGGGCAAGAUUUGAGGCUGGACAAUUUCCAGGUUGUUUAAUUAUAGGGGAUAGUGGGUAUCCACUAAAAAAUUAUCUUAUGACACCCAUAGCGAAUCCUAAUACUUGAGGAGAACAACUUUAUAAUGAGGCCUUAAUUCGCACCAGAAACAGUAUAGAAAUGGUUUUUUGAAUCUGGAAACGUAGAUUCCCAGUAGUUGCAUAUGGGCUUCGAUUGAAAACUGAAACUAUAUUGGCCCUUAUAGUCGCUACUACUGUGCUGCACAACAUCGCAAGAGACAUGAAUGAUCCGGAUCCUCCAGUUCCUGAAGAUUUGAAUGAGGAACAAUUAGAUUAUUUGAUUGAAAUGGGGGCUGAAGGAGGAGCAGUGAACAGUGUACAACAGGAAAUAAUUCGUUUUUUCAAUCAAUUAUAAUCCUGAACAGAUUAUUUUCUAAAUAAAAGUGAAUAUUAAAAUUGAA